AUGCCGUCUACAAAUGCAUCCCAACCAUUCAAGCACAUCGGCGUGGUCGGAGCUGGAAGCAUGGGCUCGAUGAUGGUCUUAGCAUUCGCUGAAAUUGGUCUCGAUGUGUCAGUCUGGGACGUGGAAAAAGCCAAUAUCGAAAAAAUCGCCGACAUGUCGAAGAAAGCCACAACCUCGAAGGCCAAGGUAGAAGGAUUCACCGAUCUAAAAAAGUUCACCAAGAAUCUCGAAGGACAAAACAUCGACGAUCGGAAGCUUUUCAUGUUUUCGGUUACACAUGGACCCCCAGCAGACUCGAUCUUGGGAAUGCUGAAGUGUGAUCUACAAAAGGGCGAUAUCAUCAUCGACGGCGGCAAUGAAAACUACCGGAGAACGGAACGCCGCCAGAAAGAAUGCAAGGCUAUGGGCGUUGACUGGAUUGGAAUGGGCGUUUCUGGUGAUGCCAAAGCAAUCGCCCUUGUUAUGCCUUUCCUUGAACAGUAUGCUGCUAAAGCACCCAAAGAUGGCACACCAUGUGUUACCAGGAUUGGGCCAGAUGGCUCGGGAAAUGUCGUCAAAAUGGUUCACAAUGGUACUGAGGGCGGCGAAUUGUGCAAGAACUUCCUCAUCAACAUCGGAGCCGACAUUCUCAGGACUAAGAAAACAUCGGAAGGGGAUGAAAAGGGCGAAGGCGCAAGCAUGAACAACGGCACGCCUCUUUGGUCUUUGAUGGAGGCAGCUGAUCGACAUGUCUCGUGCCCGACAUUGGCUGCCGUGCACUGGAUGCGCAUUGCAAGUGGCAACCGUGGUGAACGCCAGCAUGUCGCUGAAAGGCUGAAGAUACCUGCGCCGAAACCUAUAGGGUCAUCCAUGGAUCAGAAAACGUUGGUUGAAAAGCUGCGACGCGCUGUAUACGCCACGUUCCUCGCGUCUUUUUGCCAGGGCCUGGAACUGAUUGCCAGAGCAUCCGAAGACGAAGGAUGGGAAAUUAAUAUGGCCGAUUGUUUGCAGAUUUGGCGUGCAGGCUAUAUCAUUGAGUCCGAGCAUAUUGCAGAUCUACUUCAGCCAGCACUGGCCGAGAAGCCAGUGAAGAACAUGAAAGUUUUCGAUUCUGUUUCUCAGGAACUGCACAGCAACUAUGAGCCCCUGAAGGAAAUUGUAGUCCAAGGCGCCAUGACAGAUCAGUACAUUCCGUCCAUUACAGCAACGCUUGAGUACCUCAAGUAUGAGGGUGGGGUGAUUAUACCGACCAAGUUUAUGGAGGCUCAGAUGGACUAUUUCGGCGCACACGGCUAUAAUAAGCCCGGUAUUCCCGGUGAAGAUCCUGGACCGGUGAAGAAGGGGCCUCAUCACUACGAGUGGAAAGCGGCGUAA